AUAUAUAUAUAUAUAUAUAUAUAUCGAUCCUCCUUUCUUCCCAGUUGUUUUGGCGCUGCCAAUGGCAUCUCAUGAUCAGCUUAAGACAAUAUUGUUGAUGCUGCUUGUUUUGUUGCAACAUUGUAAUGCAAAUGGAAAGCCACAAGUACCUUGUCUCUUUGUUUUCGGGGACUCAUUGUCCGACAACGGGAACAAUAACAAUCUUGUGACACUAGCAAAGGUCAAUUAUCCACCCUAUGGGAUUGAUUUCCCCAGGGGGCCAACGGGAAGGUUUUCCAACGGUCGUAAUAUCGUCGAUAUCAUUGCUCAACUUCUGGGAUUCGUCAAUUACAUCCCACCCUUCGCUACUGCUAGAGGCUUGGAAAUACUCAGAGGUGUCAACUAUGCAUCUGGUGCUGCGGGAAUUCGCGAUGAAUCUGGUCAAACCGACGGUGAUCGGAUAAGCAUGAAUAGGCAGUUGAAAAAUCACCAAACUACGGUGUUGGAGAUCAACCGGAUAUUGGGAGAUGAUGAAAGAAGCGCAGAGUACCUAAGCAAGUGCAUAUAUUCUGUUGCAAUUGGUAGCAACGACUACCUUAAUAACUACUUCAUGCCGAAGUUCUACCCUACUAGCACCAUAUACACCCAACAGCAAUAUGCCCUUGUUCUCAAUGACCAAUUGUCUCAGCAGUUAACGAGUUUGUACAAGUAUGGGGCAAGGAAAUUUGCAGUAUUCGGGCUGGGUGCAAUUGGUAGCAUUCCAAUCGCACGGAGUUCAUGUGGAAAUGGAAGUAGUGGCGCUGCGUGUGUGGACAACAUCAACAAUGCCGUCCAACUUUUCAAUGUUAGGCUUAAAUCACUGCUGCCUGCUCUCAAUAACAAUCUAACCGGGGCUUCUUUUAUCUUCAUAAACUCUACUGGAAUCUCGUCCACCAGUCCGUCUCUGGCUUUCAUGGUUACCGAUGUUCCCUGCUGUGAACCGUCGAGCAGUACUGGGUUAUGCAAAGCAUUUGGAAAUACAUGCUGUAACCGGAGCCAAUAUUUUUUUUGGGAUGCAAUCCACCCCACUGAUGCCGUAGAUGCGUUGGUUGCGGAAAGAGCAUACAAAGCUCAGUCUCCAACUGAUGCUUAUCCAUUUGAUAUCGCCCACCUCGCACAGCUCUAAUAUGGGAAAAAAGGAUUCUUAUUUCAAUUAAGUGUAUCAUAUGAUAAUCAUUGCUUGGAUUUUUGUUCCAAGUGCCCCGCAUCUGGUACUCAUAAUAAACCAAUAACGUUUAUGUUCUAAA